AUGUCGGUCGACUAUAAGGGUAUUGCAGGAAACGAAGAUCUCAUGAAACGCCUUUUUAAUAAGGUUUAUAGCGCCAUCAUCAGCGAAAAAAUCUUCUGUCCACCCGAGACCGCAGUCUAUUUAGCAGCCUAUGCCUGUCAGGCUAAAUUCGGUCCCGCGCAGGCUCUCCGUAAUCCCGUGCCACCAGUCAAAGAACUACUUCCAAAAAGCACCAUUGAUAACCACAACCUGACCAUCACGGAAUGGGAAAAUCGCAUCUCAAAUUGGCACUUGAAACUCCGUGACACGCCCUUCCUCGACGCGAUUGUUGAGUAUUUGGAUAUCGCGCAGGACGUAGAACUUUAUGGGGCUUCUAUUUUCGAGGUAGAGACGGCCAGCCAAGUCCGCAAGUGGAUCAGCCUCGAUGCUGUCGGGCUCAAUAUCUACGACAGUAAAAGAAAGCCUCCUACCACACGGCACGUCUGGUCAGACAUCGCCUCGUUCACAGCAUGGGACGAGAAAAUUGAGAUCGUCAUGGCACACGAACCCAAACAGGUUAUUGAGUUCUUCGUGAUGCAUCCUCAGACAAGCAACCUUCUGGUGAACCUUUUUCAAGGAAGCAAGGAACUUUAUUCUCGCCGCAGAAAAGGCGAAAUCUCGUCUAAGUACCUGCGCCGUUCUGAGAGUAACUCGAGCAUGCGAAUGAGACCCCAUAAAUUAGCCCAGAAAGAACUUACCAAGCUGGAACAGCAGAUUACUGAGUUGGAAUUGGAGUUGCCACGUCAGGCGACGGGCUUCGAAUACGCUGCCUGGCAAGUGAAAGAUCAAUUGAGGCAGGCUAGAGGAAUCGAGGUGAAGCUUUCUCUUAACGCCCCCUCAACUGAAGAAACACGUCGACUUCAGCACCGUGUCGCUCAAAUACGGGUCUUUCUGGAGCAGGAUAUCUUCAAGGAAAAGGCAAUUCGUAUUGGCGGAGCCUUCUCAGACCGUCUAGAUGGCUACACAUCAGAUAUCGAUUCUGGCCCGGAAUUCAGCAGUGUUGUGCGAGUCGCACCACCUCAGCCAGCAGCUCCACAAAGAGCACAGCUGAAUUCGGGUUCGUCGUCGUCGGAUAACGAGGACCACGGCUACGUGGAUCACCCGAUUUCGCUUUCGAGAGGCAGCAAGGCGGACCCGCCGGUCUCCUCGAUGCCGCCGUUGCCGAAGGCGCCCGCCGGCACCAACCAACGCCACUCCCAGCACACACCUCUGGACGCCUCGUCAACGAGACAGACUGACAACCUCAACACGACGCCUUCGUUUAAUCCCGACACUUACCCUAAGCUUCCCGAUCGUUACCAACACACACUGGAUGCCGACGAGCCUUCAAGAACGAUGACGACGACUUUCACCAAUGACGGUCCGGGGUAUCCAGAGGCUCGUGGAAGCGAAGAAAUGGACCCCCCAGCCUCUGUCUCAUCUCCCGACGUCUGGAAGCACGUUCUGCGCACGUCCGGACAAGACGCAAACAGUCCAUACACCAGGGGUCGGAUGCAUGGUCAGGUGAUCGAACCAGAAACAAACCAACUCGCUUACCGACCGCCUGUCCAACCCAAGCCGAAGGUGGCCCCGCGUGCAACCGCCGACCCCCAGAUGGUGAUUCCAGAGCCCUACACGGGUGGCAGUGCAACCAGCGCAGCCGGUCAGGACCUCAAGUUCUCCUCGCUUAAGGUCACCCAGACCGGUUUCGCGAAAAAA